UUGUACUUUUUUUUUUUGGAGUUCUAUUAGUUACGGAAGGAGGAAGGAUCGGAGGCUCGGAGCGAGUGGCGGAAUCUGAUGGGUUGCAUCUCCUCCAAAUUGUUCGCCGGCGUCGACCUUGGCGAGGACGUCUUAUUCGAUGAGGUCGAUAAUCCCGACGCCGGAGGCGUCUGUCCUAACCAUUUCGUCUCACUCACCUCUACCACCUACGGCGCCCUCAAACUUGACUAUGCUGACGAGAAACCUACCGUCGAAUCCGAAGCUCUUCCGAAACGGAGCGUCAGCGAAGAGGAGGCCAGGACGCCAGAUUUCUGUCCGCAACCUGACGAGAAGGAGGAGGAUCGUCCUUCGGAGGUCAUCGACGCACAGGAACUCAUGGGGGACCUCGCCUCCGAAACCCCCAGCAGGUCUCCGGCGCAGAGGAAGAAACCCCCGAAACCCUCACCGCCGAUGCACCGUUCUCCGGAAGUUAGGACCUCGACGUCGCCCGCUAAGCCGAGGAGGUGGCCCAUCGGAAAGGAGAACACCCCAUUGCGGUCGGAGCCCAAGAGGUCGCAUUUCGAAGCGCACCGUAUCGCCGAUCCAUUCCGUUCCCUGGACAACUCGCCGUGGAUCAGCUUGGUUUCGGCGAUGUCGAGGAAACGUACCCCCAAUAGCGAAAAGUGCAAAAGAUCCGAGAGGGGUUCCGGUGACUCGCGGUCGAGGAGGAGCUUGAGCCCCCUGUUCGACCCCGAACUCGUGGCUAUGUUCGAGCUGCAGCACUGCGAGGAGGGGAAGAAGAUUACUACGAGGGCAGCGCACGGUAAGGCGUUCGAAGCUGCAACUUUGCUUCAGUCCUACGAGCGCAGGUGCCCCGGGGGAGGCGAGAACGCAGUGGUCCUCUACACCACCACGCUCAGGGGCAUCAGGAAGACCUUUGAGGACUGCAACGCGGUCAGAUCCCUGGUGAAGUCAUACGGCGUCCGCGUCGUGGAGAGGGACAUCUCCAUGGACUCCGGGUACAGGGAGGAGCUGAGGCUGCUGAUGGGGAAGAAGGAUGUCAAGGUCCCGUCGGUCUUCGUAAAGGGGCGCUGCAUCGGCGGCUUCGAAGAGAUAGCAAGAUUGGAGGACGAAGCAAAAUUGGAGCCUUUGCUGGAGGGCUUGCCGAGCGCGGUCAAGCGGUGCGAGGGCUGCGGCGAUCUGCGCUUUGUCAUGUGCAUGGACUGCAAUGGCAGCUGCAAGGUGUUGGAUCCGAAGAAGAACAAGGUGAAGUGUGGAGAGUGCAACGAGAAUGGCUUGAUCCACUGCCCCAUAUGCUGUUGACAACAGAUUUUUGCUUUCGAGACGUUGCGGUCCUUGGCCGAAUCUGAAAUGGAUUUUAAUUCUCCAUUCAAAACACUCAGCCGGGACCAAAGCCCAGGCCACAAAGUGGAAGGACAACUUGCUCUCCGUGUCCAAAGUUAGC